AUGGCCACACUGCCUCACACCACCGCCGCCGCCGCCUCAGCUCUCGGAAAACCCACCUCUCUCACUUCCACCGCCACCACCAAACCCCUACCUCAUCUCUCCUUCCCUUUCUCCCCAUCCAAAACCCUAACCCUAACCGCCAAAACCACCUCAAUCAAAUCCGCCGCCCCAUCCUCCUCCGAUCUCUCCACCACCACCGUGACCACCACCACCACCACCUCCAUCUCCACCACCCCCCAAACCCUCAAGUCCCGCCUCCAAAACGGCGACACUCUCUACGGCAUCUUCCUCCUCAGCUUCUCCCCCACCCUCGCCGAGAUCGCCGGCCUCUCCGGCUACGACUUCGUCGUCGUCGACAUGGAGCACGGCCCCGGCGGCAUCUCCGAAGCCCUCUCCUGCCUCCGCGCCCUCGCCGCCACCCAAACCCCGGCCAUCCUCCGCCUCCCGGAAUCCUCCGCCACCUGGGCCAAGAAAGCCCUAGAUCUCGGCCCCCAGGGGAUCAUGUUCCCCAUGAUCGAGAGCUCCAAGGAGGCCGAGAAAGCCGUCUCCUACUGCCGCUUCCCUCCGGCCGGCAUCCGCGGCUCCGCCCACACCGUCGUGCGCGCCUCCAGCUACGGCAUCGACGAGGGGUAUUUAAGUAAUUACGACGACCAGUUGCUGAUCAUGUGCCAGGUGGAGAGCGAGCAGGGCGUGAAGAGAGCGGAAGAGAUCGCGGCCGUCGAAGGUGUAGACUGCGUGCAGAUGGGGCCGUUGGAUCUGAGCGCGAGCAUGGGGUACCUGUGGGACCCGGGGAACAAGAAGGUCCGGAACGCGUUGAAGGGCGCCGAGAAGGCCGUGCUGGGCACCGACCCGCUUGUGGGUGGGGCCUACUUGUGUGGGUUCGCUAUGCCCCACGAUGGGCCCCAGGAUUUGAGGACACGUGGCUACCACAUGGUGUCGGGUUGCGUCGACGUCGGGCUGUUUAGGAGCGCCGCGGUGGAGGACGUGAGGAGGUUUCGGUUGAGCUUGAUCAACGGCUCUGAUGAUGAGGAGGAGCACGGUAACGAUGCUGAUGAGAAGUACUGGAGCGAGUGA